CGGCACAAACCAGGUCAGCCACGCUCACCGGAACGACGCAACCCAUUCUCCACCCGUUCCCCAAGCACCAGCGGCGCGACCACACCACCCAUGGCUCUGGCGGCGGCGAGAUCCGGCCUCCGGUCGCUGGCGGCGCGCGCCGCCCCGGCGAGGCGCCUCAUGUCCUCCUCCGUCCACGACGACGCCUAUGAGACGGCGAAGUGGGAGAAGAUCACGUACGCCGGCAUCGUGACCUGCACCCUCCUGGCGGCGUACAACCUCUCCAAGGGCCACCCCCACUUCGACGAACCGCCGGCGUACCCCUAUCUCCACAUCCGCAACAAGGAGUUCCCCUGGGGACCUGAUGGCCUGUUUGAGAUCAAGGACCACCACUGAGCACUGAAUAGCAGCACACCGUCAGGAGUCGUGCAUGUUUUAAAUAUAAUCUGGUUGUUCCAGUUUUUUUUCUUUUCCAUUGAAACCUAUUUGCUGCAACAAGAAAUAAGAAUGACGAAACUCUUGUGUUGACAGUCAGGCCUGUUUUCUUUUCUUUCCAGUCCGCAUCGAAGAUCACAUGCAAGUUCGUCUUGCCCAGUUUCAGGAAACCGUGUCACUGUUAUCAAAAGCUUGCUAUCAUAUUCUGAUUGCUUC